AUGACGAAGGAGUAUCACGAUCUUCAGCAUCUGGACAAUGAAGAGAGUGGCCAUCAGGAACUCAGACAGGCGCUACCUCCUCCCCAGUCCCUCUUGAGGCGUCUCUGCUCUGGACCUUGCCUCCUCCUGCUCUCCCUGGGUCUCAGCCUCCUGCUCCUGGUGGUCACCUGUGUGCUCGGAUCCCAAAAUUCCCACCUGCAGAAGGAGUUGCAGGCCCUGAAAGUGACAUUCAGAAACUUCACAAUGCUCACUGAGGCUGAGGUCAAGUCGCUGAGCACACAGGGAGGCAGUGUGGGGCGAAAGAUGAAGACCCUGGAAUUAGAGUUGUUGAAGCAACAGCAGUCCCUGAGUGAAGAACACUCCAGCUUGCUGCUCUAUGUGAAACAAUUUGUGUUUGACCUGCACAGCCUGAACUGCCAGAUAGCUGUCCUCCAGGGCAAUGGCACUGAAACUCUCUGCUGCCCUGUGAACUGGGUGAAGUAUAACAGCAGCUGUUACUGGUUCUCGCGCUCUGGGAAGUCCUGGCACGAGGCACAGAAGUACUGCCAGCUGGAGAAUGCCCACCUGGUGGUGGUCAACUACCAGGAGGAGCAGGAUUUUAUCCAGUCCCACACAGGCUCUAUGAACCACUGGAUGGGCCUCACCGAUGAAAACGGGCCCUGGAAAUGGGUGGAUGGGACCAACUACCAGACAGGCUUCCAGAACUGGAGGCCAGAACAGCCAGACAACUGGUACGGGCAUGGCCUUGGAGGAGGCGAGGACUGUGCCCACUUCACUGACAAUGGUCGCUGGAACGAUGAUGUCUGCCAGAGGCCCUACCGCUGGGUCUGUGAGACAAAGCUGAAUGGCACCAGCUAG